AUGACAUCCUGCCGGUCUUCUCUCCAGCCCCUACUCUGGACAACAUACCUGAUCUGGACAACAUGUUCAUACUGGUCUGCGUCGGCGACGGUCCUCAACGUCACCAUCGAUGAUACCUACGGAGACACGCUCACUGGGGGUUCAAUGCACUACUCCCCGGAGAACGCAUGGAAGGCGAACUUGAACUGUACGGGCUGCAAGGCGCAGCCGGACCCGCUAUCCGCACUCGGCGGGACUUGGCACGAGAGUGCUAUACCGCAGAGCGGGUCUGCCGUUGUCCCUACAGUCGUAGUCGAAUUUGAAGGAUCCGCGGUGUAUGUGUACUGCAUAAUCCCGGACUCACGCGCAAGCGUAGAUGGCUUCCCAAAUAUGCGCUUCGUGCUUGAUGGCGUGCUCGCCGGAUCGUACUCGCUGAAGCCGCCCGCGGGGACCGGGGCGUACGACUACCACACGCUCGUGUUCGCGAGCCAGUCGCUCGCGUCAGAGUUGCACGUCCUGGAGAUUGAGAACGGCGUGCCCCAGUCUGGGGGGUCGAUUCUCCUGCUGGAUUACAUCCUGUAUACCACGGACGCUAACGUCACGAGCGUUGCAACGAAUGUAUCCUCCAUCCCCCUUUCCACCGUGUCCGCAUCCGCGACCCCGAUCCCUACGACCCAACCGACCGGUGGCCUCUCCCAACCUGGCGGGAGCGGGUACUCAAACAUCCUGCGCAUAGCCCUCGGCGUAACGUUCGGAGGCGGACUCCUGGUGACCGCGGCACUCGCGUGGGCGACCGCGUGGUACAACAAGCGCAAACGGCAACAACGCGUCGCGCCCUCGACAGAGUUCAUGCGACAGAUCGAGAUGGGAGAUGCACCAACGUUCGGCGGUGCGAGAUCGGGGCCGGGGAUGGGUGCCAGUGUCAGCGCAGCGGAGGGGGCGGGGCGGACGACGCGAGAGCCUUCGAGUCCUGCGGCGGGGGCUCUGACGGAAGCUAUGGGUGUAGCUGUCAGUGAUGAAGCUGGGCCCUCUUCUGGGAUCCUGGAGGUGUCGAGGUAG